AUGGUAUGCAUCUCGUCAACCCAGUACUCUUUACUUGUGAAUGGUUGUCCAUAUGAGAUCUUUACACCUAGAAGAGGCCUGAGACAAGGAGACCCCCUCUCCCCCUUCUCUCUGUCAUUGGCAUGGAGUAUCUCUCUAGGAUCCACAAGUCUGCUAGAAAGAACGACCUUUUCAAGUUCCAUCCCCGAUGUAAAAGCCUACAACUUAACCAUCUAUGUUUUGCGGAUGACCUCAUGCUUUUCUACUGGGGUGAAGGCUCAUCUGCCAAAAUUCUUUAUGAUUGUCUCGACAUCCUCAUCUGGUAUGGUUGCCAAUGCUUCAAAGUCAGCGUUAUAUCUUGCAACGGUUCCUGAGCAUAUCAAAGGCCAGAUAGCAAACCUGGUUCAUCAUCAAUUAGGUAGCCUCCCUUUCAGAAAGUUAAUUCUAUUUGUUGGAGCCUACAUUUGGCAUGCGGAUCCUACUAACACUUCCCCAGACAAUGUUAAUUGGCAUGAUGUUUGUAAGCCUAAGAAAUUAGGCAGUUUAGAAUUUGAAACAUUGCUCAUUGGAGCGAAGCUGCAGUGGGUAAACUGGCAUGGCAUGUAA